AUGACAGAAACCAAUAAGCAAAAUAAAGAUAUCGAAUGUCAAACUGAACAAAACGAUAAACAAGAAACAUCAAAAUAUUCUUGUCCUUGGAAAAAAAUUCGAUAUGCUAGAGAAUGGAAACGCCAUAAAGAUAUGGAGCAAGAAGAAGAGGAAAUUCGAAAGCAACAACAACAUCAGGAACAAGAAAAACCACAACAGGAACAAGAAUCAGAUCAACAAAAGACAUUUUCUGAAACCAAAAUUGUAGCAAAUAAUGAAAAUGAACAAACCAAAUUAAAUGACAGUAAAAAUGAAAUUAUUCUUAAAGAGAAAAAUAUUUGUGAUAAAGAAGAAGACCUUAAUGAAACUGAAAAAAUUGAAAAAUGUUGUACAAAACAAUUAUAUGAUGAUAUAGAAAUGCAACAGCAACAUCAACCACAAGUAAAUUCAGCAAACACAAAUCACUAUAAUAAUAAUGAAAAACAAAUGACAACAGUUAAUAAUGGUAAUUGCAUGAAUUUCCAAAAAAUAUUGCAACAAGAACAACAUCAACACCAUCAUCAUCACCAUCAUCAUCAUGGUCAUCAACAACAACAUUGCCGUCGUGAUAGUUCUGACAGUAAUUCUAGUUUAUUAAGUUUAUCAAGUCAAUGUUCUUGUUCAUCGAACAGUUUAAACGGUAAUAGUCCACCUUAUCACACUCAAUCUACUACAUCAUUAUUAGCUAUUGACAAAUGCUAUUGUAAUAUUCAAUCAGCAAAUAAUAUGAAUUGUUGUAACGAUUGCUCAGAUUCAACUUAUGAUAUUAAUAAUUGUUGUAAUAAUAAUAGUGGCAGUGACGAUGAUAUGAAUUGCUGUUGUCACCAUGGUAUCGACUUACAUAGUAGCAAUGAAUCAAUGAACUAUUUAUGUAAAAAAUUUGAUGAAAAUUUAAAAUCAGAUAAUACUGCAGAUAAUAAUUGUAAUAAUGGUAAUAAUAAUAUUAAAAAUAACAGCAAUAAUUGUAAAGACAACACAAAUAAUGCAGCAACAAUUGAAAUUAUUUUGGAUGAUAAAUCUACUGCAACUAGUUGUAACAAGAAUUCUAAAUGUAACAAUGGUUUCUUCCGACGUUCCAUUCAACAAAAAAUUCAGUAUCGUCCAUGUACAAAAAAUCAACAAUGUAGUAUUUUACGUAUUAACCGUAAUCGUUGUCAAUAUUGUCGCUUGAAAAAAUGUAUAGCUGUUGGAAUGAGCAGAGACGGACAAGAGGUUAUUGACCAGCAUACAAUAGCAAUGUUGCUUGUUGCAGUAUAG